GGCGGAGUUCCCGGCAUGCAAUGUGCGCUCUCGCCCGGCCGGUGGCUAAGAUGGCGACUCCCAUGCAUCGCCUGAUCGCCCGGAGACAGGCGGAGGCAAACAAGCAACAUGUGAGAUGUCAGAAGUGUUUAGAAUUUGGACACUGGACCUAUGAAUGUACAGGGAAAAGAAAAUACCUUCACAGACCAUCGAGGACAACCGAGUUAAAAAAAGCACUGAAAGAAAAAGAGAAGCAACUAUUACAACAAAGCUCUGGAGAAAGUACCACAGACAGGAAGAGCAAGAAGAAAAGGUCCAAAAGUGUGACAAGUUCCAGCAGUAGCAGCAGCAGCGUCAGUUCUGCUAGUGAGUCGUCUUCUGAAAGUGACGAUUCUUCCUCCUCCUCUUCUGAUGACAGUGACAGCGACGAAAGCACUUCCACUUCCUCCUCCUCCCCUUCUUCAAGUAGUUCUUCCAGCUCUUCUGACUUUGAAACAGAUUCCAGUUCCUCCAGUAGCAGCAGCAGUACCAGCACAGACAGCAGCACAGAUGAUGAGCCACCAAAGAAAAAGAAGAAGACAUAGUUUUGAUGCAGGGUCAGAACUCUGGUGUUGGUGUUGAAAAAUUAAAUGGCAUUUAAAAUUGCGUUUAUGGCCAAACAAAACGAGCAGGUCAAUCUUUACA